CGGCUAACCCCCGAGGAGCAGCUUACAAUCGAAAUUUUCAAACGAUCCACUCCUAGCGUGGUCAACGUAACCAACUUGGCAGUCAAGCGCGAUGCAUUCACGAUGAACAUGUUGGAGAUGCCGCAGGGCCAAGGCAGCGGCUUCAUCUGGGACUCCGCGGGGCAUGUGGUGACGAACUAUCAUGUCAUCCAGGACGCUAGCGACAUAAAGGUCACCCUAGCCGACGGGGAGGAGUUUUCCGCGCGUGUGGUUGGCGUGGAUCAGGACAAGGACAUCGCGGUGCUCCAAAUAGGGCCCAUGGGGGCAGCGGAAAGGGAGGUACAGGCGGCGGCGACGGGGGGCCCCUCCGCUGACAUUGUGGUGGGGCAGAAGGUGUUUGCCAUUGGGAACCCUUUCGGUCUGGAUCACACCCUGACUGUGGGAGUGGUCAGUGGUACGGGGCGAGAGAUUCAGUCCAUCAGCGGAAGGCCCAUACAGGAUGUCAUCCAAACGGACGCCGCGAUCAACCCGGGCAACAGCGGAGGUCCCUUGCUGGACAGCGGCGGCUGUCUCAUCGGUAUCAACACCGCCAUCUAUUCACCGACGGGGGCAAACAACGGAGUGGGGUUCGCCAUUCCGGUGGAUAUUGUCAAGAGCAGCGUGGGGCAGAUCAUCCAGUACGGCAAGGUGACUCGGCCCAUGUUGGGCAUCUCCUUCGCCCCGGAUGUGUCAUCUGAGGCGUUAGGCAUUAAAGCGGGGAUCCUGGUUCUGAGCACCCGGGAGGGCGGACCCGCCUGGAAGGCAGGACUCAAGGGCAGCACUCGCGACGAGUACGGGCGACUGGUGCUGGGAGAUAUCAUCACGGCAGUCAACGGCAUCAAGAUCAAGAGCUCCUCAGAUCUGUAUCGCGUGCUGGACAAGUGCCAGGUGGGUGACACGCUGCACAUCACGGUGCUCCGCGAGAACAGCACCUUCGAGGUGGAUGUCACCCUGGAGCCGAGCUCCCCGUGGCCCAACCCCUCGCAGCAGCAGGGAGCCCAGCAAGGCAGUCGGCCGUAG